AUGGUAAGAGCCCCCUUCUAUGACAAAAGUGGACUGAAGAAAGGGGCAUGGAGUCCUGAAGAAGACGACAAGUUAAGAGCCUAUAUUGAAGAACAUGGCCAUUUGAACUGGCGUUCGCUUCCCAAAUUUGCCGGUAUAUCUAGGUGUGGCAAAAGUUGCAGACUGAGAUGGACCAACUACCUUCGACCGGGUGUAAAACGGGGAAAUUACACUCAAGCAGAAGACGAUUUGAUCCUCAAAUUGCAUGAAGAAUUUGGAAAUAAAUGGUCAAUGAUUGCUGCAAAAUUACCUGGAAGAACAGACAAUGAAAUCAAAAAUCAUUGGAACACCCGCUUUAAGAAUCUCACAAAGCAAAAUCCAACAUCAUCUCAAUCAGCCAAAGAGCAGCCUUGUAAUCACGAGUCUUCCCCAACUGUAACUAGCCAAAACACAGAAUUAGGAGCUCAAAGUGGUCCAAAAUUUGAUGCUUCUGUUCACCAAAUUUUGGAGAGCUCUCCCUUGUCCCCCGAAACAUUUUCCAGUGACUCCUCCUCCCUGAGCUCCAAUCAGGCAUCUGCAUCUACUACUAUGAGUUGGUUUAAUGAAUCAACCGGAGAUUUUUGGUCCGAACCAUUUCAAUUGAAUGUCCAAAGUAACUAUUCAGUUAACUACUUGAGGGAGGAGGAAGUUUUAUCAUCACCAUCCUUAACGUUUUAUGAUAUAGGGGACAAUAUGGAUUUGUUCUACCAGGUGAUGCCAACAUGGCCAGAGAAUAUUGAUUAA